AUGUCCAUGUCGGUGCGACCCGCUCUGGUGACAGGCCAUAGCCUUGGUUUCUAUGCAGCCGCCUACAUUGCAGGUGUGUUUCGCCUCGAGGACGCCAUCUAUCUGGUUGCAAGAAGGUCUGUGCUAUUUCGUCGAUUUUGCCUUGGAAGCCACUCGCAGAUGCUUGCUCUUGCAGCUUCGGAGCAACAGGCGCUCGACUUGAUCUCGCACGCAGGAUCGCACGCAACGAUUGCAUGCUACAACGGUCCAACCGACCUCGUGCUCUCUGGCACCAAGCUGGAUCUGACGAGCUUGUACAAGCAUGCCAAGGACUCGGGCUUGAAAGCCAAGCUGCUGCAAGUGCCUUUCGGGUUCCACUCGAGCCAUGUUUCGCCUGCUUGCGAGCGAAUGCUUCGCGCAGCUGAGCUUGUACACUUUUCACCACCAAAGAUUGCGAUUACGUCCAACGUGCUCGGUCGUGUGGUUCAACCCGGCAUCACCGAUUGGAUUGAGGUGGGCCCAAGUCCCAUCUGUCUACCCAUGAUCAAGGCUGUGGCGACCAAUCGCCAAAUAAAGCUGCAGACUUUACCCGCGAUGCGCAAGAAUGCAGAUGACGGGUCCACCUUGCUGCAAUGUCUCGGAGCCAUCUGGACUUCUGGAGGUCACGUAUCUUGGGAGGCAUUCCUUACACAUGUUAGCGAGAUUUCUCCUCCCCCACCAAGCGCAAGACUGGCUGCCAUCUGUGGCAAUGAUGCUGUGUCCUCUUCUGAGGCAUCUCGAGGAAGCUGUCUCUUUGACGAUAGUCUUCAUUCACCGGCGCUAUCGCCUCAGAUUAGCGACGGCAAAAGUACAGAGCAGAAGCCUAUCACCGGUUGCUCAGCCUGGAUCGAGCCCGAUUUGAGCUCGACGCCUCGCAGUGAUACUGUUGCGAGCCUGAUCACCAGACCGCUUUCGUUGUUCCAGGAGACAGUAUCGGGCCACAAGGUGGUUGGGCAUUCGGUUUUCUCUGCAUCGCUUCAUGGAGAACUGGCAGUACAAGGCUUGAUGGCUCUUGCCCAAGACAAGGGAGAACGAAGCUUUCUGCUCAAGGAGCUCACCUUUAGAGCACCUUUGGUUCUACCAGAUGCCGACUCCGCCGGUGACACCCAAGUCGACUUGACCAGAACACGCCUACAAGUGGCGAUCGAAGCAACUCCAGACGACCCAGAGGAGCGGUUCACGGCAUUUGCAAUCCAACAAUUGUGCAUGCCGCAGACGAACGACAUGCGGCUCCGCGUCAAAGACGCCUAUGUACUGGGCCACAUUGCAGGCCUGGAAGACGCUGAUAGUCAAGCUCGCAUAGAGUCAGACAAGCAGGCCACGGCUGUGCCCAGACUCUUCCGUGAUCUGCAACAGAGGCAACGAGCUGGCUACAAUGCUUCGAUCAUUUGCCUGGACGGACGCCAAGCUUACGAUCUGUUUAGCAAGCGGGUACAGUACUGCCUGAAUUUUCAAACGAUUCAAUCUUUCACUGUGGAUCUACGCGAACUACAGGCGUGUGCGGUUCUCCAACAUCCGACGUCACUCCACUGCAACGCCAAUGUUGGAAAUAUGCUCAGCUCUGCGACCACAGAUGUGAUCCUUCACGACGUGAUGCUGCACGCUGGAGGCCUCCUGCUCAGCUUGUCUGACUUGGUGAACGAUGACGAGGCGUUUAUCGGAGCAAAAGUAGGCGAGGUACUGCUAGUCCCAAGAAGCAGGCUAGGUGCAUACACGAGCCUUCGGUUGUACGUCUCUGCUGACGCAAAAAGCGGGGAUGAAAUCCAGACUCACGCUUAUCUCAUGGACGACAAGGCUGAGCAUAUUCUAGGCUGGGCGCGCAGCGUUACUUUCAAGAAGAUUCGACGUCAAUCGCUCGAGGCGGUGUUGACACGAGCCUGUGUCAAGGGGCUCCACGCACAAGCUUUGCCCAAGGACCAGCAUGAUCUUCAGGAGCAACGGUGCGGCCGAGGAGGUGAGCGCUACCUCGAACCCUCUGGUCGACCUGUUUCUGCACCAGAAUUGGCCGAAAUCAAUGCAGCAGGAGAUAUCAGGAUCGAUCAGCACUCUUGUUCACAGCCAUUCUCCCACCUCAUUCCAUUGUUGGAGCAAGAGGUUCGUAGGAUCGAGGCGGGAUCGUACUCGGACACUCAGAUGGACAAAUGUGGAAGCACCUUGACCAACCAACACUGGCCAGAUCCGGAUGCAUUUUUACUCAAGAUGUUCCCUGCCUUGAGGGGCGCCAUGCUUUGCGCAUAG